UAUGUUCCUUGUAAAACGUCUAAAUAACAUCAUUUCUUUCACCUAAUUUGUUUUUAAUUAAAUUUUUAUUCUUUACAGUGACAAUAUAACAAAAAUUAUAUUAUUGUAAAUACAAAUUUGAUUUUGACAAAUUCGGAAUGGAGAAACCACAAAAAAUGCCCAAAGUGGCAAAAGUUAAGAACAAAGCUCCAGCGGAGAUACAAAUCACAGCUGAGCAGCUUCUUCGAGAGGCGAAAGAAAGAGAUCUUGAAAUUCUACCACCGCCGCCAAAGCAAAAGAUCUCUGAUCCACAUGAGUUGGCUGAUUAUCAACAUCGAAAGAGAAAAGUCUUCGAGGAUAAUAUUAGGAAAAACAGAAUCGUUAUUUCCAAUUGGAUAAAGUACGCUCAGUGGGAGGAAAGUCAGAACGAAAUUAGAAGAGCUAGAUCAAUUUACGAACGAGCAUUAGACGUAGAUCACAGAAACGUGACAUUAUGGCUCAAGUACACAGAAAUGGAAAUGCGCCAUCGGCAGGUGAAUUAUGCUCGCAAUUUAUGGGAUCGCGCUGUUUCAAUUUUACCGAGAGUCAAUCAAUUUUGGUACAAAUACACCUACAUGGAAGAAAUGUUGGAAAAUAUUGCCGGCGCUCGACAAGUAUUUGAACGGUGGAUGGAAUGGGAGCCCGAUGAGCAGGCUUGGCAGACUUACAUAAAAUUUGAACUACGUUACAAAGAAAUUCAAAGAGCGAGAGAUAUUUUCGAAAGAUUUGUUAUGGUUCAUCCUGACGUUAAACACUGGAUCAAGUACGCGCGCUUCGAAGAGAAUCAUGGUUUUUUAAAUGGUUCUCGUAAGGUUUACGAAAGAGCUUUUGUAUUUUUUGGAGACGAAAGUUUGGACGACAAGUUGGUUAUUGCAUUCGCAAGAUUUGAAGAGGGACAACGAGAGCACGAUAGAGUUAGGGUCAUUUACAAAUACGCAUUGGACAAUCUUCCAAAAGAUAAGACGCAAGAAAUUUACAAAGCUUAUACAAUUCACGAGAAGAAGUACGGAGAUCGAUCGGGAAUUGAAGAUGUGAUUGUCAGCAAGCGAAAACAUCAGUACGAACAGGAAGUCAAAGAAAAUCCGUCCAACUAUGAUGCUUGGUUUGAUUAUUUGCGAUUGGUGGAAUCUGAAGGAGAAGUGGAAAUUGUCAGAGAAACUUAUGAGCGUGCGAUAGCCAAUGUCCCACCAACGACGGAUAAACAAUUCUGGAGAAGAUACAUUUACCUUUGGAUAAAUUAUGCGCUUUAUGAAGAAUUAGAAACCGAAGAUAUAGAACGAUGUCGACAAGUUUACAGCGCAUGUUUGAAUUUGAUUCCACAUAAGAAAUUCACAUUUUCGAAAAUUUGGCUAAUGUACGCACAAUUUGAAAUUCGACAAAAGAAUUUGACGGGAGCUAGGAAAUUUCUGGGAAUGGCGUUAGGAAUAUGUCCCAGGAAUAAAUUAUAUCGUGGUUACAUCGAUUUGGAAAUUCAACUAAGAGAAUUCGAUAGGUGCAGAAUUUUGUAUCAAAAAUUUCUUGAAUUUGGUCCGGAAAAUUGCACAACAUGGAUGAAGUUUGCCGAACUGGAAACUCUUUUAGGAGACAUUGAACGUGCUCGUGGCAUUUAUGAACUAGCAAUCUCACAACCUGUUUUAGAAAUGCCAGACGUUCUAUGGAAAGCAUAUAUUGAUUUUGAAAGAGGACAAGACGAGCCGGAAAAGGCCAGACAACUGUACGAAAGAUUACUAGAAAAAACAUUACAUGUAAAGGUAUGGAUUUCCUACGGAAAAUUCGAAUUGACAAAUCCAGUGUCUGAAGAGGGAUUAAAUAACGUUGUUCUGGCGAGACGAAUAUUUGAACGCGGCAAUAAUUGUUUGCGUGAUAAUGGAAAUAAAGAAAGCCGAGCUCUUCUCCUGGAGGCUUGGAGAGAUUUUGAAAAUAAUUACGGCGAUGAAGAGAGUCAGUCGAAAAUAUUGGAGAAAAUGCCUCGUAGAGUUAAACGACGAAGACGUGUCAUUGGAGAAGAUAAGUCUGACGAUGGAUGGGAGGAAGUUUUUGAUUUUAUUUUCCCUGAAGAUGAAUCUCAAAGACCGCACUUGAAAGUUUUGGCUUCAGCGAAAGCUUGGAAGCAAAAGGCAAUGCUGCUGUCGAAUCACAGUAAUUCAGAAUCAUUGGAAACUAACGAAAAUACUGACGAUACUGAAUCAUCAAAUUCUCCGAUUGUUGAACCAAGUAACGAAAGAGCGGAUUUAAAAUUUUUAGCGGCGGCGAAAGCCUGGAAGAAAAAGGACGAAUCAAAUGAAAAGAAUUCCGACACUGCCGAUUCAGAGGUGGAAAAUCAAACAACAGAAUCCGCUGAUAAUGAGACAAAUUAAUUUCAAAAGAAGUAAAGUAAAAAAAAUUCCAUAGAAUUUUUAUUCACAAGUAAAUUCUUUUCUUCGAAAAGUAUUUUUUGAAUUUUAAAGGACUUCAGAAUUUGAAAAAAUUCUAAAAAAAAUAGAAAAUAUGUAAAUAAGUUUUACAAUGUAAAACUUGAAUGAAAAUGAAGGUAUGAAUAAAAUAAUUUUUUAUUUAUCUUAAA